CGAGAAUUUACAGAAAGCGAACCCAAAUACCCAAUAUGCUGUGAUGUUAAAGUCUCAACUUCCCGAAACGCAUUUGCUUGAAUCAAACUCUACUCAACUGUCAAUCCCCAUUCUCCAAACCUUUCUCUCUUCAUCUGCAAUCAACCAAACUACCACUCAGAAAACUCCAAGAACACAACUUUUUAUUAUUUUUUUAAAGAAAGGAAUACGUAUUCAGAAGUUAGAAAGAAUCAUUCUUUCCAUUUCACCAAAACCCUUCCAAAUAAAGAUGAUUAAAAGAGAAAUCACAAUGCUUUCUUCAUCUUCAAGCUCCACCAGCCCACCUACAGAUAAUGAUGGGUUGCACCUGCAAGAAAGGGCCCUUUGUGCUUCUUGUAUUUCUUCUUCCUCUGUUCCUGAUUUCACAAGAAGUACUGCAGAAAUAGUAGUAAUAGAGGAGGAGGAGGAGGAGGAGGAGCUGGGGGAGGAGAGGAAUCCCAAGAAGAGGAGGGAGAGGGAGGAGGAGGAGGAGGAGGGAGAUCAGCUGUCUUUCUUGACUGUUCUGGUGACUGUCUUUAGGAAAUCUUUGGUUUCCUGUAACAACAACAUUGAGGACCAUCUUUCAUCUUCUUCUUCAUCUUCUACAUCGGUUUCUGCUAUGGAGAUAAGCUGGCCUAGCAAUGUCAGACAUGUUGCCCAUGUCACCUUUGAUAGAUUCGCUGGAUUUCUUGGCCUUCCUGUUGAGUUUGAACCUGAAGUCCCCAGAAGACCGCCCAGUGCCAGUACUAGAGUGUUUGGCGUUUCAACGGAGUGCAUGCAACUUUCUUUUGACAGCAGAGGGAAUUGUGUGCCUACAAUACUCUUGAUGAUGCAAAGGCGCUUAUAUGAACAUGGCGGUUUGCAGGCUGAAGGCAUAUUCAGGAUUACUGCUGAAAAUGGCCAAGAAGAGCUUGUUAGGGAGCAGUUAAAUAACGGCGUUGUACCGCAUGAUAUUGAUGUUCAUUGCUUAGCCGGUCUCAUUAAGGCUUGGUUUAGAGAACUCCCUAGGGGAAUACUUGACUCUCUUUCACCGGAAGAAGUUAUGGGUUCACAAUCGGAGGAAGAGUGUGUUGGGCUCGUGAGCCUUCUCCCGCCAACAGAAGCUGCACUGUUAGACUGGGCUAUAAACCUUAUGGCUGAUGUUGCCGAAUCCAAAGAUCAUAACAAAAUGAAUGCAAGGAAUGUUGCUGUCGUGUUUGCUCCAAAUAUGACUCAGAUGGCAGAUCCAUUGACAGCACUGAUGCAUGCUGUUCAAGUUAUGAACUUUCUCAAGAUUCUCAUUGAGAAGACCCUGAGGAACAGAGAAGAAUCCUCAAUCGAUGCUAACCCCGAGCAAGAAUCCAACACGACCGAUGAGACCGAUGAAGAACAAAAUAUCGGAGACGAGGAGGCCACAACUGGGGCUUUUCUGAGCUCUAUUGAGAAUAUCCCUCCUGAGGGAAAUGCAGAUGACAUAGAUGAUCUCCCUGGGAGGAAAUUGAACAAACAACCUGAUGAAACCAGCUCUGGAGAACACAAAGGUGGGAAUGGUACCGUAACAAGUGUGAGGAGGGUUCAACAAAAACACCGAAGAAUGAAAAACGUGAAACUGGGCAGUUCCGAUCAUAAGAAGGCCUCCAAAAGAAUCUGUGAUCGCCAAUCAGGAAAAAAUGCAGAAGAUAAUAACAAUGGGCUUAGCAUCCGCGGACGAAACCUAAAUUCUCGAACAGAGAGGGUAAAAGCUUGGGUGUGAAAUGAUCAGUUUUUGGUUCUUGCUCAUGGGAUCUGUAUUUGCUUUUCAAAAAUUGUGCAUCAUCAACUUUUCAUCUAUCAUUCUUUUACGGUUUUCAUCAAUCCUUUUGUAGAGUUGUGCAAUACAUAUGCUGAUUUAUGUGCCUUAUGUACAUUAUUACAUCCCAAAUUCCUUUUUAUAGGUGAAUAUUCUUCCAUCUGAAUAUACAGAAAUACAGAAUGUGUGGUCCUUUCAUGUACGUCAUUACAUUAUUAUUACUCCG